UCUUUCAGUUGUAUUACAAUCGCCAAAGCCUAAACAACCGAGAGUGUUUCAAUAAAAACGCUAAUAAAUUGAUUAGUUUGUAAAUUGUCCACCCAAAAUAAUAUUCACAAAUUUAAUGUAUCAAAAAUGCUUAUUUAUAGCAAGCUACUUUCAAUUAUAAUGUUGUGUACACUCAUGGAAAACAGUUUUAAAUCAAUUGCAACUGCUGGAUUAAGCAGUCCGUCAAUAACAAUGUUCAAGGAUAUGGAAAGCGAGUGCAAUUCAUAUUGCAUUGGAAUCGUUAAGCCAAUUCUACAGCAAACAAAGCAGACUCAAUUCACAGAGUUGCAGGAUCAAAUUCGAAAUUUAAAUGAGAUCAUCAAAGAUACAGAGAAGAAGCUUUCAGAAGCGGAGAUAAAACUGGGUGUCUGUGAGGAUGCAACUCGGAAUAGGGAAACUCUAGCAAACGAACAACUGAAUCGAAAGACAAUGCAAUUGACAGAGUUGCAGCACAAAGUCAAAGAACAAGAUGCGGGAUUUAAGAAACUGGAAGCAGAGUGCAGCAACCUCAGAAGCAGCCUUGGUAUCUGUGAAGAAAACAUUAAGAACCGAGAGGUGCAAUAUGCCCAGUUGCUCGAUCUGAAUAUCUCCUGCAACAACAGCAGCAAAAUCAAAGAUGAACUGCUGGCCACGAGUAAAGCACUCGUUGAGAGGCACAAGUCUGCGGCUAGCUCCGAUAUCAUCAAAGUUGAGCUAAAGGAGCAAAAAAUUAAUGAAAUGGAAGCAGCGAUCAAGGAGAAGGAUACUGUUAUAAUGACACACAAUUUGAAAAUCGAAAAUCAGACUUCAACGAUUAUGAAACAGACUGAAGAAAUUGCAGAGCUUAAAGCGCAGCUCAGUGAUUAUGAAUCACCAAGUUGUUAUGGCAAAUCAACCGAUGUCCAUGUCAUUCGAGUACCCGGAUCGGAACCCUUUCCCGUAUUCUGUGACUCGGUUUUAACCGAUUCGGGCUGGACUGUUAUUCAACGACGUCGCGAUGGUUCGAUAACAUUCAAUCGCAAUUGGACUGAUUAUACGAUUGGCUUUGGCGAUUUACGUAGCGAAUUCUUCAUCGGAUUGCAGAAGCUGCAUUUAAUAACCCAAUCGCAGCAUCACGAACUCUACAUAUUUCUACAGGGAUUUGAUGAGGAAAAUCGAUAUGCGUACUACGAUCAUUUUCUGAUUGGAAACGAGACAGACGACUUUAAAAUUGUAUCAUUGGGACUCUACAAGGGUACGGCUGGAGAUGCGCUUUCCUCCCAAAAGGAUAUGAAAUUCUCGACACCUGAUCGCGAUAACGAUCGGAGUACGGGAAAUUGUGCAAAGGAAUUUCGAUCUGGUUGGUGGUACAGAAAGUGCUACUAUUGUAAUCUGAAUGGCGAGUACUUCAAUGGCAAAACAACCAAUCAAUAUGGCAUCAAUUGGUUCUCGUGGCACAAAAAUUCUCUUCAAUUUGUACAAAUGAUGAUAAGACCCAAGCCUCACUAAUCAAAUGCCAUUAAAAGAAACAUAUGUGUUUUGUUUUUACUCCUCACACUUGUGUUCUCAAGUUUGUUUUACUCAAAAACAGCACAGUUUGUUAGUACAAUGCAAAAGUAAUUUUUGCAAGACAAGGGAACAGUGUGUGGACAUUUUGGCUAGACAAAAAACCCAUUAAAUAUGAAUCUUUUUAGAGUUUGGGGGCGUUGGGGCAGCUGAUGCUUUUGCCACGCUUUAAUUUGCACAAACAUUUAUUAAAUUUUAAAAUCUAAUUUGAAUUUUCACGCCACACAGCGGCAGAGUCUCUAUCUCAGCGCGACGGCAACAAAAGGGUUACACAGCAUACUAAACCAAGUGUGCAAAACAGAGGAAUACACAGAGCGCUGACUGACUGAGAAAUACCCCGUACAAAGUUGCAAUAAAAAAUGGGAAACUUUGUUGAUUUAUUUAUUAUUCAAUUUAAGUUGAGCAAGUUGAACGAGUGCUUUAUAAUAAAUAUAAAAUGUUGCUUGGGAA